AUGAGUGCUGCUUCAAGAGGAGCGAGAGCUCUAGCUCGCUCUCUGCGUCAGCCCACUCGAGUUCAAACCCGACGAUACGCAUCGCAUGGUGACAGCCACGGCCAUGGAGGCAGCUCCGGCAGCGCAUACGACGCACCCUCGGGAGCCACUGGCUCUGAGUCAUUUGGUCCCGGCUUCUACGUUGCAGUAGCUGCGAUACCGCUAUUCUACAUUUCAUAUCAAUUAGCCUCGGACCCGGGCAACUUUAUGGACAAAUUCGUGUCAGGCUUCUCUACGCAAGAAGUCAAGCGCGACAAUGACCGCAACAACGUGCAUGCCGCCAUGCUGCAGCAGCUUAUAGACGACAAAUUCAUACUGAAGACGACGCCGCGAGGAGAAGGCGGUCCCCCCAUUCGGUUCAUUGAGGGUUUGAACGGCGGGUCGCAACUGAACGUUUCCGCCAGUGCUGGCGCAACCGAUUUGUCCGCAUUGAUCAAGCAUCAGCUCGAGGAACGAGAGAAACGUGAACAAGAACGCAUGUCAGAACAGAAUACCAAAUACGCGAGCAGAGGAGGAAUUGCUGAGUCUACGGGAGUAGUUUAG